UCGACACAACCAAGGAACGAAUGACGAACACAUGUUUAGAUAUUCUUGAUCGAGCAGUUGAUGUUCUCAAGCGAUUUCGCAUGAAAUUGCAGCAUAUAUGUGAAUCAGUACACAGUUUACCGAUUUUUCACGUUAUUAAUCUAUUUGUCGAUAUUCGACAAGCAGAACACGAUCUUACACUGAUGAAGCCGCUACUUAUUCCCUCAGCUCUACCAUCACUACUUUCUAUAGUUUCAUUCUGGAAAGAUCGUACUAAAAUUCAACAUGUCUGCAUGGGUUUUGUGCAUUUAGUUGCAAAAGUUUCAGCAACGAUUGAUUCAACUUUUCUCGAUCAUGUUCAAGUUGUUGAUCACGAUACACUGGGCGAAGAAUGUGUGACAGUUUAUACAAACUAUAAAAAUGAAAUUGAAAAACGUUAUCAAGAGAAAGUUCUCACAUUGAUCUCUUACUACAGUUCGUCGAGUGAUCUUUUCGAUUUUCUUCACUUGUUGACAUUGGAGGAUGUUUACAAUUUGCAAGAAGCUGUAAAUGAUUGGGAUGAAACAUUGCUCAACCCAAAAUCAGUAUUCGAUUUUGCUGUCGUAAAGAAUUUCAUCGAUCGUGCUUAUAAGGCGAUGAGCAUCUUGGAUAGAACUUCAUUUCAGCUUGAGCGUGUCGUCGACUGUUUUAUUGAAGUCUGGAAAGAUGCUCAAUUUACAGAUUUACUGAAAUGUCUCGAGUCAGCAUCGCUUGCCUUGUCAAGUAUUAAACGUAUUCAUCUGGAAUUAACUGAUAAAGAACAAUCAAAACGACGUCGUAUUGCUGAUAUUCUGCAAAAAUCUACAAUUUAUUUUGUACAUAUUAAUGAUCAGCAACUAAUCUUCGAUAUCAACGUUGAACUACCAGUGCAACAAACAACAACGACGAACGACGAAAAGAAACAACAGAACAUUACUUUUGCUGAUCUCAGUGAACUUCGUGAUCGUGCACGUCUAUUAGAAUAUUCGAGUAAUGUUAAGAAACAAAAUUUAUCGGGAGUUGAUCAUGAACAUGAAAAACGCAAACUUCGUGAAUUUAUUCAAUUUGUAAGCAUUGUCGAAUUGAUCCUGGAGAUUCUGAGAAAUUUAUACACAGCUGGUCACCCAUCCGUAUCAGAAUUUCUCAAGCCGAAGAAAACAUUUUCCUGUACAAAUGAGAAGUACGAUGAUCUACGAGAAAAUUGCCAAAUCUUGGAAAAUCUAUUGAAGAAUUGGGAAACGCACCUAUGCCAUAUGUACGAGAGAUUUAUUGGAUUGACGUAUUUCUCGAGCGACCAGUUCUGGCAAAUCGAGGAGUACAUCUACAAUAGACCGUCACUCGCGCAUCCAGGCUAUCAUUUUCUUCAAUUCAUCGGAAUUGACUCAACUUCAAUCAUUCAACCACAGUGCGCACAGCAACAACAAAGUCCUGAAGAUCGACUGGCGAAUCUUGGUCGAUGGCUUUCGAAAAAACAAAGGAUUGACUCUGUGGAAGAGCCUCCAAAGAAUAAAAAAUGUUUCCUCGUCGAAACAACAAACGAAGGUGUUCUCCGUGCUAUUCUCUCUUUAUUUGAUUUGAUGAAGACACCAUCUGAAGUUCACCGAAUCUUUUAUUGUACUUGGCGAACAAACUGGGUUCAAGUACGUGCGUUCAUUUAUCGUUGUUUUUAUUCGCAAACACUCCACCAAAUCAUUCGACCUGAACGUCUUUCACAAUCGAUUCAACAUCGAUUUACAGAUCUCUUACGCACAUUAAUGGAAUCUAAACCGCGUCAAUAUUUUCGCAUCGGAAUUAUCACAACGGCUCCUUCAUUUGAACAACAACUCAUUAACGGACUUCAAUCCAUGCAAGUUCUUCAGAUUUAUCGUGAUCAUGAAUUAUUUAAUGCCAAUGAAUUCAAACAAAUUUUGAAACGAUCGAUGCGUCCAUGUACAUUAGUGACAUCGAGGAUUACCGGUCUGGGAAAGUCCAGCUUAAUUCAUCAGACUAUUCGAUCAUCGGGUAAAAAUGAAGUGAAGUUUCCAAUCUACGGUGAUUUUGAUGUGGAUACAUUAGCUGAACGUCUGCGCUCAAAGUAUCCUGAAUUUCAACGUGGAGCAAUUCAUUUUGAUAUUGGCACAAUUGAAAAUCGUCAUCAAUUGAAUGAAAUCUUCUACUGUCUUCUCCUAUUCGGAAGUUUUCAAUUUGGACAAGCAACGGUUGCUAUACCGGCUGAAACACCCAUCUAUAUUGAACUUGAUGCAUCACCACAAUCUACUCUAACAGAAAUCACUCUAUUCGAUCAUGUUGAAACAUCAAUACCAAUCGAUCAAAUCGAUUGGGACAAUCUCAAUGUCAACGACAAUCGAAUUCAAGUCGUAGCCAAUUAUUUACAAGCUAUUGCCGAUAAAACAAUUCUUAAACAAAACAUCAAUCCUACCCCAAUCCAAAAACUCGAUCUGGCCACAUGCUCCCGCUUGAUUCAACAAUCUUUCUUAGCAGGAAAAAAUCAAGAUUUCAUUACAUGGACAAAAUUACAAAUCUUUAUCGGUGUUUUCUAUCGUCUAUUCACAGGUUUCUCACGAUGUGGUCAUUUUCUCUGUGAAUACGUUCCAAACGCACAACUUCGAAUGGAUCUUGUACUAACACUUCUUCAAUCAUCCAAUCAAUUUACUUCAUUGUCGGUCGAAAACGUACGCACACAGCAACAAGCCGUCGCGACAAAUGAACCCGUGACAUAUAGUGACGCGAUCGUUCGAUGGGAUACUAUUCAACCGUUUACAUUAGUAUUCACUGCUACUGACGAUGCCUUGUUUGUCUACAAAAAACCGGACGAUGUGCCUGCAGCAUUAAAACAAUAUUUCGAAGUUUAUCAUAGAGCGCUCAAGAAAGGUAAACAGACAACGAUCAACGAAAUGUUUCCUGAUUAUAAUCAACUUUCACACGCACAACUAUUCAAUAAAUUGGCUUCUCUCUCACGGAAAUAUUUCAAUAAAUCGAUUUGUCCCGUAUGCUUUUGUCAGUAUGAAUACACAGAGCAACGUUGUCAGCAAUGCUCUACGAAACAGAUGCUCAUUCGACCGAAAACAUUCGAUCACGAUGAUAUUUCGAUCUUUCAACUUGAUAUUGCCGAACGAUUGCAAAACGAAUACGUUCUUACUCCGGAUAAUUUUAUUAAAAUGCUUCUCAUCUAUCUACGAGUACAAAGUGGUAUCCCUGUUUUGAUUAUGGGUGAAACAGGAUGUGGAAAAACAGCCUUAAUUCAAUUCUUAUGUCAGAAAAUUUUAGAUGACCAAUUGCAAGUUUUUCGUAUGCAUGCUGGUGUUCAAGCCAAUGAUAUUAUUCGUGUAAUGCAGGACUACGUUACGCAAGCAUUAGAGUUAGAGAAACAAAACAAAAAGAUGUGGAUAUUUUUCGAUGAAUUCAACACAACAAGUAAUAUUGGUCUCCUAAAAGAAAUUAUGUGCGAGAGAACUUUACUGGGCAUGCCAUUACCAAUAAACAUCGUUUUCUUGGGUGCAUGUAAUCCACGGCGUAAGAAGACAAAGAAAAUUAUGAUCAAUGACGAUGCUCAUAUUGGUCUACGAAAAACACGUUAUGAAACUCAGAAAUUACUUUGUGCAGGUACGGAUCGAUGUCUUCUCUAUACAGUAGUACCCAUUCCAGAGACGAUGCUCGAAUAUAUCUGGGAUUAUGGUUAUCUGAAUGAACCAACGGAAAAAGCUUACAUACAGACAAUGUUAAAAACAUGUCGGGAUCUUUCGUCAGAUGCAGCUCUUUUCAACCUAACAGUCACAUUACUCCUCAGUUCGCAGAAUCAUAUGCGUGAUCUUGAAGACGUUAGUAGUGUGAGUUUACGAGAUGUUGCACGAUUCUGUCGAUUGUACAAUUGGUUUUUGAAUUCAUUAAAUCAACGGGCAAAUGAAAGUCCGUCAAAAGAACGUCCGCUAUCGUACUCUCGCCGAGCAAGUUUAAUAGCUUUAUUACUUUGUUAUUAUUUUCGACUACGAUCAGAGAAAUUACAAGACCUCUAUCUUGAAAAAAUGCAAUCCAUUAUGGCAAAGAGUCACCCACAUCUUCAAAAAACGCCCAACUAUCUACGAACAAAUAUUCUCGAAUAUGAACAAAAGAAACUAAUUGAUGAGAAAAUGGAAUUACCAUCAGGUACUGCUUCAAAUCGAGCUUUACGCGAUAAUAUAUUUGUCCUGUUUGCCUGCAUUAUCAAUCGUAUUCCUUUGUUUUUAUGCGGCAAACCUGGUAGUAGUAAAUCAUCGGCUGUUCAAAUCGUCAUAAGUAAUUUGAAAGGAAAGAAAUCUAAAGAUCCAUACUUUCAAACACUUCCUGAGCUAGUUGCCGUCUCAUUUCAAGGUUCACAAAACUGUACGUCGGAAAGUAUCAUUAAAGUAUUUCAGCGUGCUGCAAAUUAUUCUCACGUCAAAACUCGUUCUGAAUUAUUACCUGUAAUUGUUUUCGAUGAGAUUGGUCUUGCUGAACUUUCACCGCACAAUCCAUUGAAAGUUCUUCAUGCUGAACUAGAAGUCGAAAAUAAUCAAUACGGAUUCGUUGGUAUUUCGAAUUGGAGAUUGGAUGCGUCAAAAAUGAAUCGAGCUUUGUACCUAUCGACACCUGAUCCUAAUGUACAUGAUCUAGAAUUGACAGGUAAAAUUAUUAAGGAAAGUAUGCAACAACAAACGGAAGGCCGAAUCGUUCCACUCGAGCCAUUGAUCAUAAAAAGUCUUUCUCAGGCCUAUUAUGAUUUGUACCAGAAUAUGAAAGAAACACAAGCUGAUCAUGAAAAUUAUUUCGGUCUUCGCGAUUAUUAUUCGUUAAUCAAAGGUAUUGUUCGUGAUCUCAUGGAAAUAAAAGAUAACAAAUCCGACAUCUAUGACAUCGUUCGACGACAACUCAAAGUGAAUUUUGAUGGUAUCCUCGAUGGUUCGUUUCUCUUGUGGCAACAGUUCUGUCAUUAUAUUAAUCGACAAAAUCUUGUAAACGAAUACAUGUGUCCAUCGUUUGAUAUUCUUCUCGAUCGUGCCCUUACCAGUCGUAACAAUCGAUAUCUGCUGCUCAUUGCCAAUAGUGAUAGUACGAUUGAUUAUGUUGAACGAUUUAUCAAUGUUCAUCAAGGGAAACAUGACAUCGAAGUGCGUACACUUGUAGGUAGUUCGUUUCCUGGCGAUCUUCUUAGCGGAAAUACGUAUGCUGAACAGUAUAACUAUCGUGUUCUGAUGGAUAUCAUUCUCUAUGCCGAACGAAAUCUGACUCUAAUCAUGCGUCAAAUGGGUCAUCUGUAUGAUAAUCUUUAUGAUUUAUUUAAUCAGAAUUUUGCUGUUUCUGCUCGAAAGAAAUAUUGUCGUAUUGCAUUGGGUGCACUCUAUCAUCCUCGCUGUUUAGUACACGAUGAUUUCUAUUGUGUCGUUUUUAUUCAUGAACGUGAUCUCGACAAAUGUGAUCCACCAUUUCUCAAUCGAUUCGAAAAGCAUCGUAUUGAUAUACAAACACUGAUUCAUCCUCGACAUCGAUCGAUAUCGAAUGAUAUUCAUCUCUGGUUGAAAAAUCUCUCGCCGAAAAAUGUCGGCAUAAACUUUCCACUCUUACAGCACUUAUUUGUCGAUUAUAGUGAAGAUCGAAUUUGUAAUCUGGUGACUGAAGCAUUUGAACAACUUGACAUUGAUGUCAAUGUGGAAGAAACUCAAGAACAACGUCAAGCAAUUAUCCAUUAUUGUCAAACUCGAUUAUUUCGUACAAGUUCCUUAGAUUUACCGUUAGUAUUAUCAUUAGAACCAACAGAUGAAAGUCAAAUUUUCAUUGAUCAAUAUUAUCAAGUUCAUCAGUCCGUCAAUUUUACUACACUUCUACAGCAAUAUUUAAACAGAGGUCAACUUUCUCCACAGAUUAUUUACACAUACACUCAAAUAUUUCAUCCGAUCGAUUCAUUACCUAACACUGUUGAAGAAGUCAAAUUGAGUGCAUUCAAAACGGAACUGGAACUAACGAAUAAAAUCAAAAGUCAUUAUCAAACAACAACAACAACAAAUGUUCGUCUUCUCUUAAUUCGUGUCGACUAUCAUAAUGAACAUCAACAUAUUCUUUCGUUGAAACAUGUCGUUCUCAAUGAACGUAUAUCGAACAGUAACCGCGAUGUUUGGCUUAUAUUUCAUUUACAACGUAAUUUACUUAAUCAGACGACCAAUGAUGUACUAUUUAGUAGAUGGGAAGCGAAUAUGAUCGAUGAUUUGAACAGACAAGAGAUAUUUGUUAGUAAAUCAGUUUUUACCAAUCCAUUUUAUCAUGAGCUGGUUCUUCAAUCGGAAUAUUCCUUAUCCGAAUGCAUGUUUGAUGAUCUAGUCGACCGAUGUCUAUCGAAAAUUCGAUACAAUGUAUUACGUAAAGAGGACGAAGGACGGAUCAAUGAACGACGUCAGUUGAUCUUUCAAGAACUUAUCCAUCGUCCCGAUCAAUCUGCAUCGAUAGAAUUUCAUCUUCGUUCUAUUGUCGAAAACAAUUUGACUUCGUUGAUUCAAAAUUGUGCAACACGUAAUACAGCACGUUUCACUGAUUGGCGAUUAGAUAUAUUGACUAAUGGCAAAACUAUCGCUGCUUCACGUUCAUUUCAAGAUGCAUUCCAAACAACAAUUGCCAUGUUUCUCGAAACGCAUCUUUUCGCUUUCAUUGCGCAUCUUGAAAAAUACAACUUCCUUUAUGCUUACUAUUUUCUGUCGACGUUCACUGAUAUGAACAUUCGAAAAUCUCUGGCGAAAUUAUGGAUGCAUUGUUUUCAUUCGAUGAUGAAAAAUCUUGAUUUUACUGUAAUGGAUCGUGAAAUCAUCGAAAUCGAACUUAUUUUCCAUCUACAAUUGCCUUGUGCCACGAUAGAAUAUGAAAAUAUCCGAAAAUUACGAGAUGACAUUGAAAAAUCUCAAAAUGCCGGUGAUGAUCGUUUUGAUUAUGCGGCUGACGCGAUUGAACAAAUCUCGUCAAUAAGCUUUUAUGGUGAAGAAUUCAUGCGAUUGGUUUUCAACGAUGAACAAUACUUUAAGUUGUACUUUUUGGACCAAAUAGCAAUGCAUUUACUUGAAAGAAACAUCCAUCUGUCGUCAACGUUCGUUUUCAAUCUGUUGACAAGUAAUCCCAUACGUUCAUUAUCAGAGAAAGGUCAAUUCUUUCUUGCCGAACAUGUUGAACUAACUGAAAUUCUUCGUCUAUUUGAAAUUGGCUUACAAUUAAUCGAAGAAAAGGAAAUUCUUAAUGUGAUAAACAAACAAUGGAUCAAGGAUUUGACGCAUCCAUCCGAAUCUUCUCGGUUCUACACAUUACUAAUCAAUCAUGAACAUUUGUAUCAACUUCCACCAGGAGCUGCUAUCAUUACUGAUGAAUGGAUUUUCCGAUGUACGGGUGAUCCGAUGAUUGAAACAAGUUUGAUGAAUCUAAUUGAAUUAAUUCUGUCACCAACGGUUAUUCAUCGAGCAGAGAGUAUUCAACAAAUAACCACGAUGUAUAGCUUAGUUGCACAAGGUAUUCGUAAUCUUAUGUCGUAUCAAGUCAACAAUCUGGAAAAACUUCGUUCAUUUAUCAGUCUUAUUCGUUGUCUAACGACUCUUCUGCCUAAUAGAGCUCUCAAUGUAUUCAAAGAUGUUUGUCAACAAGGUUUCGAUGCCAAAUUUAACAGUUGCCAAACGAUUCAUCAGUUUGUAACCUCUCUCAAUGAAGUGAUCAAGAGUGAAGGAUCAUCUGCUGACGAGAACGUUGUACAACGAACGUUGAUCAAACUCGAGAUCGAAUUUCUCAGAGAUUGGUUAGCUGAUCAUAGCGACUCUUAUGGCGACAUUCUCAUAUUAAUGAAUGAAUCUGAUAAUAAUCUAUGGCAUUAUUCUGCAAAAAUUUUUACCUACAUCGAUCUCAAACUCGAUUUAUUAUCGACGUUAAGAGAAAACCAUGGUAAACUUCCUUCGAAUGACGACUUUCAACAAUUGGACCAUGUAUUACAAGUUGGAAAUAAUCCAUCAUAUAAAGUUGAACGAUUAUUGACCAAUCGAUUACAUCUGCAUUUGAUGCGAAAUGCUCGAGGAGAUGAAAUUGAUCAACAAUUAACUGAGUGUUAUACACAUUUCGAACAAAAUCUGUAUGCCAUUCAGAACUUGGUGCAGACAGUUGAUCUUUCAAUGAUAUGUUUCCUCGCUUGGCUCAAAUAUUACGCGCACAUUUAUAGUUUUGCUCUAAGUAAUGAUAGUCAUGAACCAGUGCUUCAUCGUCUCGAUCAACUACUCACUAAUCUCGAUACGCCGAUCAGUAAUACGAUCAAACUCUUCGUUAUCAAACAAUUGCUUCAAAUUUCUGGAUUGAAUGUAGCUGCUCUACGUGAUCUCUAUGUCAAUCGUAAUCAAACAUGGAUCAAUGUAUUUCUUCAAAACUCUCGGAAUGAACAAACGCAAAAUGUUCGUCGAUUGUUGAUUCUGCCAACACCCUUGUUCGAAUGUCGAGAACAAUUUCAACGAACGAUGNCGCCGAUCAGUAAUACGAUCAAACUCUUCGUUAUCAAACAAUUGCUUCAAAUUUCUGGAUUGAAUGUAGCUGCUCUACGUGAUCUCUAUGUCAAUCGUAAUCAAACAUGGAUCAAUGUAUUUCUUCAAAACUCUCGGAAUGAACAAACGCAAAAUGUUCGUCGAUUGUUGAUUCUGCCAACACCCUUGUUCGAAUGUCGAGAACAAUUUCAACGAGCGAUGGGUCUAAUGAAUGAAAUCACGAAAAUAAAUGAGUUACGUCAGAUGAUUCAUGCAUGUGGUACAUCGCAACAGUUCAGUUAUGCUGUACUUUGUUGGUUCAUUCAAUACUAUUGUCGCUUCGUGCAGCCAAACACGAGCGUCGAUAAAACAUUUAUUCAACUGAUCGAACAUGAUCUUAAAAAAGAAUUGAUUCAAUCAUUUACACUCGUGGGUCAUCGUCUGAUUCUUUCGUUAUGUUCGAAUUUCUCACCAAAUUCGUAUUUUCAUCUACAACCGGAAAUGGUAGCUAACCAAAUUCAUAAACGUUUACUUGCUCUCAACGUUGUGGCUGUAUUUCUUUCGUUUAAAACACAUCGCAAAAUAACAUUCUUUGAACAUUUGCUUUUCAACGAACAACGACAAGUGCCUAACAACUAUUUACAACAUCUUGCAUCGAUUUGUUUACCAGGUUUGACUAUCAGUGAUCCAGUUGUUACGCAAAUGAUCGAUGUUCGAACACAAGUUCAAGAUCGACUUAAUCGUGGAGUUGUUCAUACCGGUGGCAAAUUCAUUUUUCAAUGUUCACGCGAUUGUCCCUGGAUGUUCUAUUUUCAAGAUUGUGGUGUACCGAACGAUCGAUUCAUCUGUCCCCUCUGUCGAAAACCGAUCGGAGCUGAACGGUACAAUGUUCUGAUCGUGCGUGAUCCUCCGCAAAUUCAACUUCCAGCUAACGAAGGUCUUGGUAUCAUUAAUCAACGGAUAGAACAAUAUCAUCAAACAAAUCGUCUUGGUUAUCAUAAUAUUAAAACUGCGGAGACCAGUGCAUUUGGUGAAAAAUCUGAUCAUCUCAAUCGACCUGUUUCGUUUCGUUUCAUUCAUAUGCUGACUCAUGGCCUCCUUCUUUUCUUACAUGAUUCAGAUUAUUUAAGUAAUGAUGAUUUAAUUAAAGGUUUAAAAUUAUCCAGUAAUACACAUUUUCGUGAUCAUUUCGAAAAAGACUACACACUUCUUGCUCAAGUAUCAACUGAUCAACAACAAAGUUACUUAUGGUUGUAUAAACUUCUUAACCAUCUUGUUCACGACGACUUUGCUCGGCGUGGUGUGUUCAGAAGUAACCAAGACGUUCUUCAAUUCGAGCAAAUGAUUGAACAAAAACUAAUCUUUCCACAUAUCGAUUCGUUAGCCAAUGAGAUUACCGAAUACAAACAAGCUUAUGGUCAAUUCGUUCAACAGUGUGACGCUGAAAUUUCGUUGGAAAAUUUUAUCGAUGAACUUUUCGAAAACGAACAACGCUAUCCACUGUUGAACUUUUUCAAUGUAACAACGUUCUAUACGGCAAAUCCACUCGAUGAAUUCAGUGUCAAAAUACAAACGUUGCCAUAUGCUGAAGAAACCUACCCUAUCACAGCAUUUCUUCUCAAACGUCUCAACGAUUUUACCAACAUUCAGCAUCUUUAUCCCAUUGUCAUCUUUACAAAUUAUCUUAUUGAAAAAUUUAAUCAUCGUAUUAAACGAAACGAUGCAGUAGAAAGAAAAAUUCUCUACUAUUUGAACAAUGGUGAUGAUCAAAAUAUCACACGACAGUUGUUCAAUGAUUUUCUUCAUGCUUGGUAUGCUCUCAAUUUGAAAGAAGUUCGUUAUGGAUGUCAAUCGCCCAAAUUUGAAUUAAGUAAUCCGAAAGACAAAUUUGCCGAACAUACGAGCGUGGCUAUGCUUCUGCUGAACACAUCACGUGAUGAAAGUAGUCUUUUACUUGCUGCUUGUCUGAAAACUAUUGCCGAACUACAGAAUGAAGUUGUCAAUUACUUUCAUAAUCUGGUUGGACAAACUGUUGGAACUACGACGAAACAAAAGCGUGUGCCAUUACAAUCUAUACGACCAGAACAUAUUCUUCGAUUGGAUCGAAAUGAUCUAAGUAAGAAACUUGUCGAAGAUAGUUUACUACUCAAUUACAAUUAUGGUAAAGGUCGGGAUGUGAUUUAUGAUUAUGAAGAAAUCGAAAUGCAUCUUCGUAAUAUGAUCAGUUCAGUCGUGUUAAUCGAUACUGAGCAAUUACGUUUUCUCAACUAUCAAUUUGAAUUAUACGGAGAAAAUACUUCAUUGAUCAAUGACGUCCGUACACGAAUUAAACAAGAGCAACUACCGAAUAAUGAUCGAAUAAAAUUAUCGCGGCUGGUUAUAACAAUGAAUAAGGAUGAUAUUCUCAACUAUCUCGGUUCACUGGACUAUGUUUUUACGUAUCUAAGAACGAGUGGAAAAGAACAUGCAUCAGAAACAACACCUAUUCAUACAUUUGUUGAACAUCAUAUUUAUGCUCAUUCAUGUUUGAAUGAUAAUAUUCUUCGUCGACCACCGUUUUCUACCAUUCAACUACGAUACAUUAUCGAUCUGUAUGAAAUGUUGGAAGAAACUGCUUUCGAUCAAGUCUUGCGUGAUUAUAUUAAGAAGGAAUUGGCUGAAGAGACGUUUAGUGUUGACGAACGUCAACGUGUUCUCGAUGAAUUUUCUGCUGAAACAUUCGAGAAACAGACGAUUGCACCGCCAUUGAAAUCAGUCGAUGCUUGGAUCUCCAUGCUCAAACGUUUAAUGAUACGAGUAUUGAAUGCUAAUGUUACUCUUGAUGUACCACUUCAAUUGUAUCUUGAACGAACAGAUUUAUGGAGUGAUCGCGUGACGGAUGUUGAUCUUGCUAGUUUUCAAGUUGCCGACAGUGUUCUACUUCAACAUACGUACGUGAUUUUAUGUGGUCUAGAAAAGAAACAACAAGCGAAUAAUCGCCCAAUAUUACAACUGAAUAAACCAACUGUUCAAACUGUCGAAGGACAACGACAAAAGGCCCAAGCAUGGUUCGAUGAGACAGCUAAACCAACGAUAACACCUAAAGUUGUGUCCGAUAAGAAGCAAAAACUGCGCGUCUAA